AGCUUCCACACUUGCCUGCUUGCCUUCCAUUCCCAGUCUGUUGUGUGUUGGUUGCCGAGUAUCCGCGUUCGUUCGCGAGUCUCGCGUAGGUGCCUCCAUGGUCGUGUCGUGUCGUCUUGUCUUAUUUUACUACAGUAAUACUCUCACUCACACAUACAGUCUUCAGUCUACACUCUACAGUCUACAGUCAUCAACCAACCAACCAAGUAAUAGUAAUACUACUUGCACACAACACAAUACGAUGUAACUAAACGUACAAUAGAGUAAGAGUGUAAGAGUCAAGAUAUAAUAGUAAGACCAAGACCAUAUUACUAAAUAAACUAAACUACUAACUCAGUUGUAUCUGAGUUGAGUACCAGCGCAACGAACUUGAGUGAUAGAUUGUGAUAUCUCAGCUGAUCUCUCCCUGUUUAUUACCACCAGUAGCUGAACCAUCAUCGUAAUUAUCAUCAUCAUCAUCAUCAUCAUUAUAAUAAUUAUCACCAGCAAUGUAGUAUCAGUAUCAGUUCCAAGUUUCAUAUCUAUAUAUAUAUGUACAUACAUACAUAUAUAUAUCAAGCGCAAGUGUGUAACAUUGACCAGUGUGUUGUAUAGUAAAGUGUAUCGAGGUGCAUUCGUAGCCGGUUUUCCCGUGUAGUGGCUGUCAGUGAGGAUGUGCGCGGGCGUGUAUCACAUACUCCUUUAUCAUCUUACUGUUCUUUGUCGUAUCUCGGUUGCACUCGUACAUUUAUCUCAGUCUGGUUGCCAGCGGAGUGAAGACGUUUUGUUUAAAUAAUAAUGAUAAUCUUGUUUGUUUAAAUAAUAAGUGUAGCAAGCAACGAGCUUUGGAUUAUUGUGUUUAAUGUGUCAAUUUAUAAUAAUAAUAAUAUACACAUUAAUUUAUAUGGAGGAUUAUUGAUACUCGGUACAGUUGUGAGGUGCAAAAAAAACGUAUAAUAAUAAUAGUAAAUAAAAUAAAAAGUUUUAAAGAAGAAGAAGAAGAAGGAAGGAAGUGGUGUGUGCGCGUGUGGAAUUAAAAACAUGUGGCUUGAAAAGAUGUCAAUAAUUCGGUGGUACGUCGUCGUAGUCAUCGGAGACUCGCGGCUUGUGCACGACAAAUUAUCUGAAAAGUGGAGAAAAGUAUAAAAAAAUAAAGAGGAGAUAAAGAGUAAGAGGCGUGAGUGCGAUUUGAGGAACUUGUGAGAGUAGAAUGCUUGGCAGCUGGGGUUGGAAUGAAAAUUUGGAGCUAGGAGUUGCUGCCGAUAGUUCAUCGGUACUAUUACUAGCCAGCAAAAGUGAUAUAAUUGAUUUCGAAUUAACGCAUCCUGUCCCCGACAGUCGGGUGCUGAGGUAUGCACCCAGUUAUUGUCAAUACUCCACUACAGAGUCACUGUACACCGGUCAUGAGUCUCUCAAAGACCGUAUGGACUAGCAGCGUGAGUUGGCGAAUAUGCUGACAGCACAUCCAGAGAUGCACGAAAAACGUGACUCGCUGAGCAGUGGCUGUGCUACGAUGGAUGAAAAAAUGGUGAUUGAACAGCCACCGCCGCCACCACCCCAGCGCGAUCCCUCGGAUCCAACUAUAAGCGCUAAAAAACUUCCAAAGAAGAGAAAAUUUGAUCCGUCGGAGCUGGAGGAAAUGGACAAAACGAGUAAUGUCAUCAGCAAUGUGGUCAGUUUGAAUACAAAUAAACAGGUAGUUUGUGGUCAGCAGACAAUGACACAGCCUAGUAUUCAAAUUCCACAUACAAUACCAUCGCUGAACCAGUCUCAACUCUCACCUCAACAGACCCACCAUCUCCAGCAGCAGCAGCAGCAACAGCAGCAGCAGCAGCUGCAUCACCAGCAAUCGGAUUGCUACCAAUCCACCCAGACUGUGGUGCAACAACCGCCACAAAGUACGGCUGUCGAUUAUUCAUUGCGCGAGGAACCAUCACGUUCGCGGCCACGACCUACUCCGAUUCUUGACCUCAGUGAGUGGCGCGAUCAUCAUGUACUUGCGUUGAGGGACUCGCGUUAUUACCCGGGUGUUAUUAGAGAUGCUGGUGGUCAUGGUGAAAUUUAUGUUGAGUUUGAGGGUGAACAUACAUUAGUGAGGUACAGUGAUGUGUUGGGUGUUGGUAAAUAUGAUAUUAUUAGUGAUGCUAGCCCGUCAGUAGGACAAGUUAAAGUGGACGCUAAAGUUUGUGUUAGAUAUUUAACGACGGGCACAUCGUUUAUUAAUGGGACUGUGUGCAAAAUAUCGACAAAGCCUCAGCCGAGUUUUGUUGUUAAAAUUCAGCGUGAUGACGAUAAGAGUGAAACUAUUUUUGUUAAACGAGCGGAUUUGCGGCUUGUCCAGCCUCCGUGGUGGGACGAGCUGGAGGAGAGUAUGAUGGAAAGUGAGCCGAGGAGAGUUGAUUCAGUUGAUCAUGGAUACAGAAAUUCUCUAGAUGCUCCAAUGCCAAUUCUCCUGCAUCAUACCUCUCACUUGCCAGGUCACAAUGACUCCAGCGGAUAUUACCGUACUACGGGAACUAGUCCUCUCAUGACAAUUAGCACUCCAGUGCAUUCUGCUAAUGCAACUCUGAGCAACGGCAGUAGACCUUAUGACGAUCUGGAGAGCGAGGAUGAUCUCGAUAGGGAGGACAUUACAUUUCCCUCGGAUGCAGAUGCAAAAUUAUCAGGGAGCAGUAAACGGAGUAGUAUGCAGAGCCGUGGCAGUACCAGUAGCUUAGUAGAGCAGCGUAGUAUAACCCCCCGUUCUCAGGCAGCUACACCCAGAUCUCAGGCGGCAACGCCACAUAAAUAUAAAAAGGGUGACAUAGUGGCCACUCCAAAUGGAAUUAGAAAAAAAUUUAAUGGGAAACAGUGGCGUAGACUGUGUAGUAAAGAAGGCUGCUCAAAAGAAAGUCAACGACGUGGUUACUGUUCUCGUCAUUUAAGUUUAAAAGGUUCAGGUUUACGUGGACCCACAAAUGCUUUUCAUGGUGGUGGUGAGGAAACCUCUAGAGACUCUGAUACCUCACCUAAUUACAGCGAUAGACGAAUGACUGGACGAUUUGAUCAAGAAGAAACAGAAGCUGCCAACAUGCUCGUCUCGUUAGGCAGUUCACGUUCAGCAACACCAGCAUUCUCGUCUCCAACAGCUCAUUCUUCCAUAUCACCCUGUAUAAGUCAGUCGCCAGUUCCGCCUCUAGGAUUAAACCAAAAUAACGUAUUUAUGCCAAUAUCCAGUCCGGCGCAUCAUGCCACGUCACUUAUUUCGCCUGGUGCUAAAUGGAAACACUCGCCAACGCAGCAAAGUUUUACUGUUCAGUAUCAGCAAGUUAUAAAACCUGAACCAAAUCGUAUGGUGAGGCCGAAUCGGCCUCCACAGACAGCCCCAGUGCCACCAAAUAUGGGAACAAGUGUUAUCCGAAUCUCACCAGUUGGACGUGCUGUGCCCAUGCAAAAUCCAACUUUGACUUGGUCUGAACAGGGUCCACCGUCGCGGCAUCCUUCAGUCGUGACGUCUAUUACUCAGCAGCAGCAACAGCAACAGCAGCAGCAGCAUCAACAACAACAACAGCAGGGAAUAAUUCUCCAGCAUGCACUUACGUCUAACAACGGGUUUGCAAAUCACACAGAGAUAAACGAGCAAAAUACACAGCACUUGAAAUCACCACAUUCACCGCAUAUUUCUCUUCCGGUCCCUACUUCUACACACAAUGUAAGCCUUAUUCAUAAAUCUCAAGAUAUUCCUGUCGACUAUGCUCAACCCCAGAUACCGAACCAAUCAAUUUACGGUUUACAAUCUCAGCAUUCACAUCAACAGUCUCAACUUCACCAUCAUCAUCAUCAUCACCAUCAUCAACAACAACAGCAGCAGCAACAGCAGCAGCAACAACAGCAGCAGCAGCAUCAACAGCAACAACAACAGCAGCAGCAACACUUGUCACAGUCACAAGCGCAACACGAUAAGAAAUAUCUGGUUAUAAAGAAUGGAACUGAGGUGCAGUCGGUACAUAUCACUCAAGAUGAUAAGUACCGACAAGGUAUGAUGAAUCAUAUGGAACAGGUGCAGUCACAAUUACAUCAAACUACAUGUCAACCACCACAAUCUAAUGUGAUACCGUCCGCUCAUACUGAUAAAAUGUCAAUAAUAUCACAGCCGGGGAGUAAAGUUAUUGGACUUCAUGUAACGCCUGUGGAUUUAUUAAAGACUCAACCGAUGUCAACGGGUGUUGUUAUGUCAACAACAUCAGCUAUCACAAAUACAUCAGCACCCACCAGUGUUUUUCAGCAUGUUAUUGUUCAGCCGAGUCAUUUAGUUCAAGUACCAAAGCCGUUGUCUCACUGCGAAGACAACAAUAAAAGCAACGGUGUUGUCUAUGCCAGUCAUGAAGUAUCUCCUGUAUAUCAACACCAUCCUCCGCCAUUGCACAACAGCAAUUCAGUGCGCAAUUGGAAAAAAGCUUUUUCCUGGCAGACAGUGGUAGAUCAGCCGGAAGUGAGUCCACCACCAUCGGCAUUGAGUCCACCCCUUAGCGCACCACCAAUACCAUUGAAUAUUGGGAAUGCUGGUGAAGAACCACCACCAGGGCCGGCACCCGACCCUAUUACACCGGCUGAAGAGGAGGAUGAUGAUGUGUUUGAAGCUGAGCCAACUACUCCUGCUGAAAUAGAAGCUAAUUCUAAUAAACGACGGAGUCAAUCUCUCAGUGCACUUCAUAAUAAAGAACCUCAGAGUCCGUCAGUUAAGUCAAAAGAUCCGCGGAUAAGGCGUCCGAUGAAUGCCUUCAUGAUAUUUUCAAAACGUCAUCGAGCUGUUGUACAUCAGAGACAUCCAAACCAAGACAAUCGUACGGUAUCUAAAAUACUAGGUGAAUGGUGGUACGCAUUAGGUCCUGAAGAAAAACAAAAAUAUCACGACUUAGCGUCUGAAGUUAAAGAGGCGCAUUUUAAAGCUCAUCCUGACUGGAAAUGGUGCAGCAAAGACAGACGGAAGUCCUCGACGACUAGCUUCAAGGGCAAUGAAUCGAGAAGUAAGCUCAAUAGCACAGGAGAGGAAACGGAUGUGGGUCCUUCCAGUGAAGAUGUUCCGUUAACACCGCGUGGUUCGGAUGAAAUUUACGUUCCUGUUACUGCUGUAUAUAAUGAGAUAUCAAGUACUGAGAAUAAUGUUAGUCAGUCUCAUCCGCCUCAACGAGUUCAUGAGCAUCAAAUGCAAACAGAGAACUCGGAUUUUGGAGUAAAACAAGAGGAAGAUGGUAAUGCGUCUGACGAUGAUCAUCAAAUGGUUAUUUGUGAAGAUCCUCAACCAGAUACAGACUUGAAAGCAAAACCCAAAGCUGCUGAUAAUGGUAUUGAGAUGCAGCAAGACGAAAAUACGGAAAAUAAUUUUAAUCAGUCAAGAUAUUCACCGGUUGGUGGUCAGAACAGGGAAGGCCAGAAUAUUAAUACAGAAAUCACGUGCCGUCCCAAGCCUAUUAAAGGUACUGAAACAACAACAAAAUAUCAUCACGCGUCCAUAGAUAAAGGCGGAACAGUAUCAGUACUGCCACCUUAUUCUUAUCUCAGUCCUGUGAAUCCUACUGGAGUGUCGGGAUUUCAACCAAAGGGAGGUGCUUUCAUAACGAUGCCAAUAUCCCCGAAAGUCGUUAAACCAGAGCCUAUAAAAGGGGAUCAGCAGUACGCAACUCAAUAUAGUGUCAAUAAUUUAGUAUCGAGUGUCCACAAUGAAAACGGCAGAAGCAUCUCGAAAUUUACUGCUGCAUCAGUAUUGCACUCGAUUGGAUCAAAACCGAUGAUGGCUGUGCUGAAACAUCAGCCUUUGCAGCCAAUCACAACUCACCGUUCCCAAACAACAGUCGCUCCCUAUCAACCCCCGCUUACUCUUACAUUAUUAAAUAAUGAUUUGGUGGCUGUUUCUAAACAACAACAGGGUACCGCACAAUAUCUUGGACCAACUGGACAGCAUCCAAGGAUGUUUCUCCCCAGUUUUCAUAUUCCUAUUUCUGACGCUGGAAAUCGUAAUGUAUCAGUACAAGGUUUUGCUGUAACUGGAAGUAAAAUAGAAACACCUAGUGUAAUUGUCACUAAAUCCCAUUCACUUGUUACUAAUUCAAAUCCCAGUACACCGAGUCAUCGUGAGUCGAUUGGACAUUCAAUUGCUCGAUUAGCGGAACCAGAGAAAAAGGAUAAUUUAAUGUCAAAUAAUCACGUGCAAUUUUGUGGCAAUAAUUUAAAAGUAGAACAAGAAAGGAAAGAAAGUGUUAGUAUGCAUUUAUCCUCGGGUAGUGAAAAACACAUGCAGCCAUCAACGCCCCACACUCCUCAUACACCUCACGCUAAUCAAAGUGUCAGUGAACAUUCCUCGGGUGGGUUUUAUUCUGUUGAAGAAUCCUCUGGUAGGAAUAAUGACCCUGGGCAGAAUAAAGCUCCGUUUAUGUUGGCACCAACGCCUGCUCAACUUGGACGAGCUCCGUUGCAGCGAAGACAAUCUUUAGCUGUUCCAACGUCAAAUGCUGGAGACCAAGGAAGUGUCCCUCAACUUACAGAUAAUCGUCAAAGAAAUGUUACAAAUUCCGAAUCACAGGCGCAAAAUUCAUCGGAACCUUUAGCUUCUCCUUCGGCGUCAACUAAAAAAGGCUCAUUCUUCAAGAAAAAUGUUGAGGAUGGAAUGGAUAGAGUUCUCGAACAGGUAAACUUUCAGGAGAAGUUUUCAUCAUUACCUGAGUUUAAACCCGAAGACAUACAGAGUCCAAACGCAAUAAGUAUAAACACACCAGCUGGGUCUUCAGUUCAUACUCCAGCGACUGCUGGUCUUCAUUCAUCUAAUAUAUCACUGCAGAACUCACGUAAAAAAUCGGGUCUUGGAUCUCACAGAGCAUCAAUGAAUGAGGAAGACGCAGAGUCAGACAUUUCAGUCUCAGCGACACCAAAAUCAACAGCAAGCGUUAAAUUAACAGGCAACACAUUUUUCGGACCCGAUUUCAAUGUCGACGCGUUCAGAUUGAACUCCGAAUUGGGGGGUGAGGGCGAGACAAAUUCUCCGAGAACGCCAAAGACUCCAGGCGGGGGAGCGAACACUUCAGUUGGAAGUGCUCGUGCAGAUAAUGAGCGUGGUCCUCGAAAAGUUCUUGAACGACGCCGGCAAUUAGUGAUGCAACUAUUUCAAGAUCAAGGAUAUUUUCCAUCUACCCAAGCCACUUCAAACUUCCAGGCAAAACAUUCAGAUAUAUUUCCUAAUAAAGCUAGUUUGCAAUUAAAAAUACGUGAAGUUCGUCAAAAAUUAAAUAAUUCUGGUUCUAUUCCUCCGAUAAGUGCUAGCAGUCUUGUUAGUCCUUUACCAGUACCAGAAGCUUCACCCAAUGUUACUGGAUCAGUUCCUUCAACAUCAAUGGGAGCUCCUCAAUCACUACCUGUAAGCAGUAGUGGUAGCUAGCGCCCAUAUACCAACUGUGAUAAUGUAAAUUCUCGUGUGUCUAAACACGAGUAUAUAAUAAUUCUUUGAAGAUAAAUUUUAUGGCGUUUGGGUUUAAAAUAAAAAAAAGAAAAAAAUCAUAACGUCACCAGGAUAUUUUUUUUUUUUUAACAACUAAAAAGUUCUCUAUUAUAUUUUACUUGAUUAAAAAUAUCAAUGCGAUACUAGUGCAAUUUAAUAAACAAUUUUAAGAAUAAUUAAUCAGUACGAAGGCUAAUUAAAAUGUUAUACAUUAUUGAAGCUCUGGUAAUAUGACAUCCAGAGUAUACAUAUACAAUAAAAAAAUAUUCAUCUAUGAUGAAAAGUUAUUAUUAUUAUUAUUAUUAUUAUUAUUAAUAUUAUUAUUAUUAUUAUAUGUAAAUUAAAUAUGUUGAGUUAUCGUGACAGUUUGUCUUUUUUAUAUAAAUAACAAUUACUUAUAUUAUUAAUAAUUAUCUAAAUUAAAUCAAUGCAACUGAUAAUUAAAUUUAAAAUUUACAUGCCAGUGAGGGAUUCAAAAGGCCUAUGAUAUUUUUAAUUAUUGUUCAACAGUCCCAGGAUGUUUACAAAUAAUCAACUUAUUACACGAUAAUAAGGUAUAAUUAUAUAUAAAAAUAUUAAUAAUAAUAAUAAUAAUACUGAUAAUAAUGUGAAAAUAUUAAAAUAUAAAUUUAAACUCGUAAUAGAAAUACACAAUUAUUAUAAAUUGAAUAUAAAUUUAUUUAAAAUAGUUGUCAAGAUAAAUGUCAUUUAAAAUAUAAUAAUAAUAGUAAUCUCUACCGAAUUAUAUAAAACGAUACUGAAUAUUGCACAAAAAUAUCUACGUAACCGCAAAUUGUCUUUGUGUUUUUUUUUUUUUUUUUGUAAAUAAUUAUUAUUACUAUUAUUAUUAUUAUUAUUAAUAUUAUGUGGUAUUUAACUGUUGGAUAGUAUGGAGAAAAUUAUUAACAAUUAUUAAUAACUAUUAUUAUUAUUAUUAUUAAAUAUAUGAAGAUAAUUGUGAAUGAAUUAUUCACCACAAAGUCUUGACACAUAGGACUGAAUUUUUUUUUUAUGGAGAAUAGAUAAUUCCAUUAUCAAAAAAAUUGUAAUGAAAGAUUACAAAAAAAAAAAAAAAAUGAAUGCCAUCGUACGGCAACGUAUAUGAUAAUGGUACGCGUUGAAUUUAUUGUUAAUGAUAAUAAAUGAAUUAUCUGAUAAAAAUGAAAAUUAAAAAAAAAUGAAUGAUAUUGAUAGUAAAGAGUUUCAGAUAUAUUAUAAUGAAGAGGAUAAUAUUUCCGAAAGUACUUAUCGACUGUUUUUAAAUAAAACUUUGCCAUUAUUCAACGUAUACACUGACAGUUAUCUUAUCAGUCUUACCUUCUAUUUCAUAUAUUUUAUGAACUGUAUGUUAUAUUAAUUAUUUUUGUUUUUAGUUCACCAUGACAUGACAUUCAUAUAUUUUACAUCUUUUAUAUAUUUUUUUUAUAUAACGUUUUUAUUUAAAGAUAUCCAUUAUUAAAAUUUUUCUUUUAUUUUUACAUUUUUUGUGUAUAAAAAAAUUUUAUUUUACAAAAAAAAAGGAUUUCAGUUUUUAUGAACUCAGAAUUUGCCCGCUAAAAAUUCAAAAAAUUUAUUUGAAUAUUUAAAUUCCAGGAUAUCUUGAAUAUUUUAAUUGCAAUCGAGUUGUAAUUUUUUUUUAAAUUUAAAAAUUUAUUUUAUUUUUUUACGACGAUCAUGAUAAUUUUUAAAAAUUAAAAUUUAUUUACAAUAGAAUUUUUUUCUAAUUAAAUUAAAAUUAAAAUUUUAAAAUAAUGAAUUUUUUCACUGAACACGAGCUUACCCAUAAAAAUAAAUACGUUGAAUUUUGGCGAGAUUGUUGAAUUUGGCUGUAAAGUAGAUAAUAUAAUUAGUUAAUAAAUAAAUAAUUAAUUAAUUAAUUAAAUAAAUGAAUUUAAAUAAAAGUUAUUAAUGACUUAAUAGAAUAAACUUCCGAUUGAACUUACAAACAAGCUAUAAAAUGUAAUUAUAAUCUAGUUGAAAUAAUAUUUGUCUGAUAUCUUCUGUAAAUAGAGUAAAUCAGAUUUAACUCAUUAAAUAAAAUUAAGAAUUGAAUAAAUAAUAAAAUUUAACAAUUAAAGCAAAUAAGAUAAUUUUUAAAAAUAAACAAAUAAAAGUUAAAUGUUAAAAAAAAAGUGAAAUGACUAGGAUGUGUAAAUACGUGUAGAUAACACGGGAUCUGUAGACUUAUAAUUAAGAAAAAUGAAUGAAAGCAAGAUUAGGUUUAAAAAAAUAAAUUUAUUAUUAUAAAAUAUAUAUAUAUACUUAUAUAUAUAUAUUAUAACAAUGAGCCUUUGUAUAUUGUAGACUUUAUUGUGCUCGGGAUUGUUUACUCCCCAUAAUUUAACUCCAAAGUUAAAAAAAACUUUUUUUCCAUAAAGUGUUCUGUCACUUUUAUUUGUAAAUAUUUUAAUUAAUUAAUUAAUUGAUUAAUUACUUAUUAUUAAAUAAUAAUUACCAUAGAUUGCCUCAAUACUAAAGUUAUUAUUUGUCAUUAAUAAUUAAAAAGAAACAAAUAAUAGCUGGUUUAUUUAAACGUAAGACAUUUUACACUAGUUAAAUUUAAUAAUUAAUUAAUUAAUUAAUUAAUUGUCGUUUAUAAAUUUUUUUAAAUCAAUUAAUUAUUGAAAAAUGCCUUCCAAACGGAAGUUAAAUGCGCUUCCUUUUAAAUUUAAUAUCAGUUAAUUAUUUAAGUUUAAGUUCAUUAGCUUAAUAAUUAAUAGUAUACUUUAAUUAUUUAACUAGUGUAAUUAAUGUCUUUGUUCUAUUCCCGCUCAAAAAAAAUUAAAUAAAAAAAAAAACUAAAUAAUUAUAAAUAAUUUUUUUACUCGCGUAAAUUAAUAAUUAAAAAUAAACAACUUUCCAGUAUUGAUUAAGAUUCGAGUAUAAAAACUUCGGUAAUCUAAUAAUUAAUUACUAUUUUUUUUGUUUUUUGUAUCUCAUGUCUUUCGUUUUAUUUCUCUCUAUCCCUCGUUUUUAUCUGAGAUAUUAUUAUAUUAAUUAAUUAAUAAAUAAUUUAUAGUAUGAUGAUAAAAAAUGAGUUUUUAAGUUUUAUGUUAAUUAGCUGCCAUACCCAAGUGACUGUGAUCUAGAAAACCGGAAGUAAAGUUAUAUGGGAUGGCUACUUGACAAUGUACAUACUACUGUUUUCUUCAUCAUACAGUAAUUAUUAUUAUUAUUAUUAUUAUUAUUAUUAUUUUUAUUAUUAUUACUAUUAUUAUAAUUAUUAUUUACAUUUAAUUAAUUGUGAACAACAAAAUUAAUUAUUAAUUAGUAAAAAAAAUUAUGCAAUUUUAUUUUUUUUCGUUUUGUUUUUUAUUAAGCGGCUAUUAGUUUUAUCUCUACUAUUAUUAUUAUUAUUAUUAUUAUUAUUAAUAUUAUUAUUUUAUUGUCAAAUGUUCAAUUUUAAAAUAUGUUUAAACUUGUUACGUAAAAAUGUACAUUAAUCAAGUAUAAUGUUAUUAAUAAACACCUGGCAUAUGAAAAAAUAAUAAUAAAUAAAAAAAAAAUAUCUGAAUAUACAUAAACAAUAAACUCUACCAUUAUUAUAAUGAUAAUUAUUUAGGGGUAUGCGAAUAUUUUGAACUUACGAAUCAUUCGUAGCGAAUCGAAUCGAACGAUAAUUUUUUAAAUCAUUCGUAAAUUCUCGAAUUAUUUAAAAAUUUUCUUUUGAACCCACGUAGCACACUUGGCUUUGUGACAUCUAAGAGAGAAAUUUUUAGUCUAUUUUUUGACAUAUCGAUAAGGCACCAAAAUGUUGACAAAAAGACCAGAAAUUUAUGUCACCGAAUAAAUGUCUACUUAAAAGGCUUGACACGUGACGACAAAAAGUAAAUUACAAAUAGUGGUACUAUAAGUCAUCUAAAUGACUUUUUUAUUGACGUGACAGGAAAAACAACAGAAAUUUUCUCUGUAUGCGGAACCAACAUUUGCAUGUCUUAUUUAUACCAAAAAAGGCGGCAAAAAAAAGUUGUUUUGUCUUUUUAAAAGGUAUCAAAGUUGUCUCUGUGCUACUUGGGAAUUAAUACUCAGUUCAAAUUCAAAUUAUAGAAUUAAAAAAAUUCAAAUUAUUCGUGAGUUUUUGAAUUUGAAUAUUUGGUUUCAAUGUUGAAAGUUAAAUUUCUAACUCACAAAAUAAAUUGUGAAAAUUCUUUUUUUCGGUUGACAAUUUAUCAAAAAAAAAAACUGUUGUAACGUCAAAGUCACCCAAGUAGCACAGAGUCAGCUUUAAGAUGUCUUUUAAAAGGAUAAGACAAAUUUUUUUUGUCUCAGUCACUUUUUUUGGGAUAAAUACGGCAUGCAAAUGUUGGUUCCGGAGACAGAGAAGAGUUGUGUUGUUUUUCCUGUCUUAUUUCAAUAAAAAAGUCAUUUAGAUUACUUAUUUUACCAGUGUUUGUAAUUUACUUUUUGUCAUCACUUGUGUCAAGUCUUUUAAGCAGAUAUUUUUUCGGUGGCAAAAAUUUUUGAUCGUUUUGUCAAAAAAUUGGCGCCUUAUCGAUAUGUCAAAAAGUAGUUUAAAAACUGAUAUCUAAUAGAUGUCUCAAAAGCAAGUGUGCUACUUGGGCAGGUUGAACAGCUUCUUAAAGGACAUCACGAAAUCUUAGAGUUAUCUCUGUGCUACUUGGGAACGGCUUGAAAUUGUAAUAUUUUUUCCAAUAAUUUAAAUUUAUGUCAGAGUUAAUUUUGACUCAGCCACGAAUCUACCAAAUAAUUAUUUUUUAUCACUUUAAAAACUAAGCUCUCCAUUAAAUAAAAAUUGAAUACUUGGAAGCCGAUCAAACCUGACUCGAUUCAAAUCGAGUGAUUUGAAAAGUUACUAAAAAUUAUAAAACUUCAGGUCAAUUUGAAAAUUCACUCAAAGAAAAUAAUUCAAAUUUUAAAAAAUUCGAUUCGAUUCUCCCACCCCUAUUAUUAACAAAAUAAAUAUCCAUAGACGUUUCAGGAUGAGGAGAUCCUACAUCAUGCGCAAAUACCCGAUAGAAAAUAAUUAAUAAAAAUAUAAUGGAUAUAUAUUUUAAAAACACUUGUAUUUACUAUAAAAAUAAUCUGGAUAAUUAUCGUCAAAUGGCAUUAAAUAAUUAAGUUGAUAAAAAUAUAUAUAUAAAUUAUUGUAAAUAAUAAAUAUUUCUACACAUGUGCCCUUGUAUUGAUGCUAUUUUAGUUAAUUGGACCAAUUAUAAAGUCAACUACCAAUUACUCUGUAUAAAAUAUAUGUGUAGUUAUAUUUAAAAGUAGGAAUAAUUAAUAAUUGUUAAAACAAUGACUACUUAAUUACUACAUUUUUUUUUUUAAGUUUAUAAAUAAUAAAUUAUUAAAUUAAUCAGUUAAUUAUAAUCUGAUAUUAUUAUUUAUUUAUAAUUAACUGACUAUCGUUAUUGUUUUAUCGAUUAUCUGAUAAUAAUUGCUUUGUAAUUAUAAAAUAUCAUGUGCCAUAAUAACUGAGGGAUAAAGUAAAAAAAAAAAAAAGUAAACUGUAAAAAAAAAUCAUAUAAAUAUUUUCUAUGAAAACGCUUGAAAAAAAUCUUCUCUGCAUGUCUGGUUUGAAUAAUAAUUACAAUUAUCCCUUCCAGGAGGUGAAUUUAAAUCUAAUUAUUAAUGUAGAUAUUGAAACUUUUAUGUUUCAUUUAUCGUAAGGUUGUAAUUAAUGAUAAUGAUAAAUGAAAAAAAAAUUAUUAAUAAUAAUAAUAUACUCAUUAACAAAUAAUUGAUAAUUAAUAAAAGUAAUAUGGAGAAGACAAUGUAAUUAAAUCACGCGAUUUAAAUUAUAAAAUAGUCCAGUCGGAGCUAAGAAAUAGGAAACGUUCUCGAAAGUUGGAGAAAAUUUGGUUGAAGAUUGGGCAUAAAAAAGUCAUCACUUCGGGGGUUGAUGAGAAAAAAUAUGAAAUGUUCGCAAUGACAAUUAAUUUUUUUGAUUCGUUCAAAGACAAUUACUUUAUUAGAAUAAAAAUUUUUUUUUAUACUUUUUCAUUCAUUAAAAUGAAAUAUUAAUUGUCAAAAAAUAGAGCAGUUGCCACUGCAAAAUUAUAAUUUUUUCAGAAAUCGGUCAAAAAAUCGGUUCCACUCUGAUAUCUUCUCAUGACGAAAUCUCUCCUGGACAAAACCUGUUGAACACGAUCUCGAUAAACGAGAUCUUAUAAUAAUCUAUGUAAUUAUAAUGAUUUCUACACUUACGACUGGAAUCGUAUUCAUGUUUUUUUAUGAUACUGAAGUUAGCAGACGUCUAGUAAUUUUUGAAUUUUUUUCAGACGAUAAACCAUAGAAAAAAAAAUAUUUUAAAAAAUUGCACCUGUAGUUUUAAAAAUUUUCUACAUGUGCAUAAUUUCAUUGUAUUUUUUUGCAAUUGAUUUUUUGAAAAACAAAAAUUCAAAAAUUUUCAAAUGUCUGCUAACUUCAGGAUCAUGUUUUUUUCACAUUUUAUGUGUAUAUAAUAAAUAAAUAGAAUGUGUUACACAUACGUGUAUGAAAUCAUGGGAAAUUCUCAGUCUAAAUUUGACAUCAUCGUCAAUUGCAAGAAUUUGACGUAAACUUACUGUGAAAAUCAAAAUCACUGAUUGUCAAAUUUUUAAAGUGAUAGUAUGGCCAUCAGGGAUUGGACUGAUAAAAAUAAUUUUAGAAAUUUUAUCGUGGAGAGAUUUUGUCAUAGGGAGAUUUUGCUAAGGAGAUUUUGUCCAGAGAGAUAAAGUCGUGUUACCAAAACAUCUAUUUUGUUACACGUGCGUUAAUGGAAAUAUUAAAAUUCAAAAGUCACUCGAACAUUCUAUUAUAAUUAUUCAAAUUUGAAGCUUUUUUUUACCCAAUAGCAGUACUAGAGAAUGUAUUUCACUCCUAAUUUUAACUAUGAAAAAAAAGUAAUUGAGAGGAUUACCCAGAAAGGGGACGAAAUGUAACUUCUACUUACUCUAGGUACAGAAAUUUCAAAAAUUUAUUACGUGUUAUUUUUUAUAAAUACGUUUCCUCGCGAUACCUGGUUUAUAAAAAAGACAGAAUGAUAGUCUUAUAACGAGGUCCGACUGUACAAAAAAAUUUCUCAUACUUUUAAAAGUUUUUUUAUAAAUUUUUUGAUGUCUAUGAAAUAUUUUCAAAAAAUCGGUUUUUGGGGGAUUUUUUAUUUUUCACAUCAACCCCUGGGGUGAUGACUUUUCAUUUUAAAUCUUCAAGCAAAUUUGCACCUAAUUUCGAGGACGUCUCCUAUUUUGGAGUUUCGACUGAACUAAAAGUCCAGCGUGAAAGUAAUGUAGAAAACGUCAUGAUAGACAGCAUAUUCGAUAUAUUAUAUGCCUUAUAAAUUGUAAUUAAAAGCAACGGGCUCUGUAAUUAUAAAUUGAUUUUUAAAAAAAAUAAAAAUUUUUCUAUGGACAAACUCCAUAACAUUUGUUGGAUAGCAGCUACAAAGAAGAAAAAAAGUUUCGGCGUAAAUAUAUUUUUGAAUAAAAAUAUGAAAAAAAAAAAAGAAAAAAAAGAUAAUAAAUUGUUUGUCGAUGGAUAGAUUAUCGAAGGACAACUUGUUGAUAAUAAAUUAUUUGUCAAGUAGUACUGUAAGCAAUUGUGAGAUAAAAUAACUAUUAAAAUAAUAACGGCGACUUUAAAUAAAUGAAAUAAAUAAAUACAGUUUGUUAAAUAAUUACUGGAAUUAUCAGUUUGAUAAAAAAAGACGACUGUUAAUAAUUUAAAAUAAAAAUAAUAAUAAUUAAAAUAAAAUUUUAAAAUCCGUGUUGACAAUCGCCAAUAUUAUUAUUGUGAAUUAUAAAAUGGAUAUGCCUUAAAAAGGAUGUGAAAACAUUUUAAAUUAAUUAGUUAACUAAUCAAAUUUAAAGUUGAAUAAAUUAUUUAUUUUUCGUUUAGUUCAUUUUUUAAAUUAAUAAUUAAAAUUCGAUGAUACUCACGUUAGCCGACGUAAUAAUUUUCAUUUUUUAAAAAACGAUAAAUUUGAAGAAAAAAAUAUUUUAAAAAAUUGCACUUAUAGUUUUUUAAAUUUUCUACAUGUGCAUAUUUUUAGAUUUUUUUUUUAAAUUAAACUGUUGAAAAAAAAUUGCAAAUUAUUAAUCGUCUGCUAAUUUUAGAAUCGUUAAAAUUCAUGAGUGUGAAUGGAGCAGACAAGACAAUUUAUAAUAAUGAAAUUUAUAAAUUUAUAAAUUUAAAAUAAUGAAAUUUAAAAAAAUGCGCGUACUGAUUUAUCAUUGAUCGAAAUACGCAUUUUUUAAUUUUUAUUCUAUUUACAUUUUAUUCAUUUAUUACAAAACUCCCUGAAAGUUACCGUAAUUUACAGUAUUCGAAAGAAUUACGGUAUUUUGCCGCAAAUUGCGGUAUUUUAUGGUAAAUUUUCGGUAAUCCUCGUUAAAUUUGGGGUAAUCCUGCGGUAUUUUACGGAAAAAGUGCAGCAUUUUACCGCAAACUUGUGGUAACAUUACAGUAUUUCAUGAGUGUGAAUGUAGCAGACAUCAGAUAAAUCUAAAAUCAUAAAUAAAUUGAGUAAAUAAUUAAUAAAAUAAUUAAUAAAAUAAAAUUUUUAAAAAACGCGCAUUUAAAAAAAUUAAAAAUUAAUAAGUGCAUUUUUUAUAAAUAUUAUUUUUUAAAUUAUUUAUAAUUUUAAAUCUAUCUGAUGUCUGCUACAUUCACACUCCUCGGUAUUUCAACGCAAAUGUACAGAUUUACUGCGAAAUUAAGGGAUUUUACCGUAAAGUGAAAUAUUUUACUGUGCUACGGUAAAAUUUCCACAAAUUGCAGGUCGCAGUUACCGUAUUUUUACCGGAAAUUGCAGUAGUUUACCGUAAUUAGCAGCAAAUUUGUAGUACAAUGUGGUAAUUUUACCGCAAUUUGAAUUCGCUAGGAAAUUUUAAAAAUUGACACUUGUCAGUCACAUUCACACUCAUUAAAACUUAUUGUUAUAUUAUUUGUUUUAAAAUUUAAACAGUCAAAAAUAAUCUGUCCUUUCGAAUGCAAUAGUUACAUGAGAGCCCAUAAUUAUACAGAUAAAUAAAUUGUUUAAAAAAACCAUAACUCAGAUUAUUAAUUCGAACUAUCAACAAAACUGUCCACAAUUAUAAACAUAAUAAUGACAAUUUAAAUUUAAUUAAAACUAAAAGAUUGCGAUUUAAAUUUACGAAUAAUUUACUGUUAAAUUUUUCGUUUAAAAAAAUGAAUUAUCCGGAUUUAUUAAUUAAUUUUAUCAAGUCGUUUUUCUACAUUUCAUAGGCAAUAUUUAUUAAAUUAUAACAGAUUAUUAUUAUAGAGUUUAUUGUAAAACUGUUUAAUUAUUGAUAAGAAUAUAUAUAUUACUAUACAAUACAA